GCGACAUCCCCGCGGUGGCGUCGCGAGCGGAGACCCGGCCCCUCGGUGUGGGAGAUGGCCCUACGAGUUUGUCUUCAGCGCCGGGCGGACACGGCCGCGGGGUGCGAAAGGGCCGUUUAUCCGGAAGAGGGGAGCCGGGCCUGGGCAGCGGCAGCACGUCAGAGCCCAGGGGCCUCUGAAUACUCGUGAGGGAGCGCCCUGCUCCCUCUACCCAGCUUGUCGAGGUGGACCGUGCACUCCCCCUGGGGCAAAUGUGUGGGCACGUCGCCAGUGACGACGAUGUCACCACUGUUUUUUCAGGGAGCUGUGGCUGGGACCUCCCCUCUGGCUGAUCAAGGAGGAGGAAGCAGCGAUGUCUGCCUUAGGGACUGCAGCUCCAUACCUGCAUCAUCCUGCUGACAGUCACAGUGGCCGGGUCAGUUUUCUGGGGCCCCAAGUCCCUCCAGAGGUGGCAGCAAUGGCCCGGUUUCUGGGAGACCUGGACAGGAGCACAUUCAGAAAGUUGCUGAAGCUUGUGGUUAGCAGCUUGCAGGGAGAGGACUGCCGAGAGGCCAUGCAGCACCUGGGUGCCAGUUCCAGCCUGCCAGAGGAGCAGCUAGGUGCCCUACUUGCUGGCACACACACACUACUCCAGCAGGCUCUCCGGCUUCCCUCUCCCAGCCUGAAGCCUGAUGCCUUCAAGGACCAACUCCAGGAGCUCGGCAUCCCCCAAGACCUGGUUGGGGACUUGACCAGUGUGGUUUUUGGUGGUCAGCGCCCCCUCCUGGACUCUGUGGCCCAGCAGCAGGGUUCCUGGCUUCCCCACAUUGCUGACUUUAAGUGGAGGGUGGAUGUGGCAAUUUCCACCAGUGCCCUGGCCCGCUCCCUGAAGCCAAGCAUCUUGAUGCAGCUGAAGCUUUCAGAUGGGUCAGCAUAUCGCUUCGAGGUUCCCACAGCCAAGUUCCAGGAACUGCGGUACAGUGUGGCGCUGGUCCUGAAGGAGAUGACAGAUCUGGAGAGGAGGUGCGAUCGCAGACUGCAGGACUGAGCCUCCCUUGUCAGCACUGCAGCUGGUGCCAGAAUGCAACUUGCAUUUCCUCUAGUUGGAUGCUAGACUGCAUGUCACCCCUUCCCCAGGUUUUUUUUUUUUGUUGUUGUUGUUGUUGUUGCUUCUGAGUGUGGUAAAGUGACAGUCUGGGGUCCAAAUCAGGGUCCUCUGAAUAUGCCUUUGCUCAGCCUGACCCCACUAAGCAUCUGGGCCCUUUUUCUUGUUUGCUUUCAUAAAUGCUGUUUUUGGUGUGGGCA